UAUAUAUGUAUAUAGACAUGUUUGUUCGUCUAAAAUUAUUUAUAUUUAUCGUUUAAUUCUGUUAUCUUUAUAGAAAGAUCGCCACACACACAAACUCACAUAUAUAUAUAUCCACACACACACAAGCACAUCACUCACGUACACACGUACACACACAAGCACAUCACGCGCGCGCGCGCACAGAGUUAAUCUAUUUCCGUUGUUGUUCCGGCGCCUCCCUCCCACAGUUUAUUUGUCGAUAUGGAGACCGUCGAAGCCACUUCGUGGUGGCACACCAUUCGUAGUAAAUUUUGGAAUGAGUGGUUCUGGUUACCCAGGCACCUGACAUGGCAGGACUAUCUGAACAAAAAGCAAGGGAUGUACAAACCCCAAACAGAGGAUCUUCUCUGGGUACCAGUGUUAGCGUUGGCAUUAUGUCUUACUAGAAUACUUUUCGAACGAUAUAUUGCAACUCCGAUUGGGAAAAGUUUGGGCAUUCGGGAAAUUAAUCACCGGAAACCAUCUCCAAGCAUUUAUUUAGAGGAAGCUUUCAAGAAGAGCAGAACCCCCAGCCACCAGGCGUUAGAAAGUUAUUCGAAGAAAUUAGAUCUUUCAGUAAGACAGAUCCAACGCUGGUUUCGUCUUCGAAGGAAUCAAGAGAAAGCAAACACGCUAACUAGAUUUACAGAAUCCUGCUGGAGAUUCACUUACUAUUUUACCAUAUUGAUAAUUGGUACUAUAAUAUUGUAUAAUAAAGUCUGGUUUUGGGAUUCAACAGAAUGCUGGCCGAAUUACCCACAUCAGCAUGUGCCUUCAGAAAUCUAUUGGUACUACCUCGUCGAGCUGUCUUACUAUGUCGGUUCCAGCCUCAUGCAUUUCACCGAUGUUCGCAAGAAGGACUUCUGGGAACUCUUCAUCCACCAUAUUGUUACCAUGACACUGAUGUUUAUUGCCUGGAUCCAAAACAUUAUCCGAAUAUCUUGUCUCAUCCUCCUUGUUCACGAUAUGGCCGAUCCGUUCCUUGAAGCUACCAAGAUGGCCAGCUACUCCGGACACCGUAAAUGGUGUAACCACCUGUUCAUUGUAUUCACAAUUGCCUGGUAUAUAGGACGCCUCUACAUUUUCCCUUUCAAGAUACUCUACAGCACAUUGUUCUACGCACCAACUGUGACUGGUAUGGCCCCUAUCUACUACUUGUACAACGGGCUUCUUGGGUCCCUACAGCUGCUGCACAUUAUAUGGACCGUCAUCAUCACAAAGAUACUCUAUAAUCGUUUAAAGACUGGCGAGAUAAAAAAAGAUGAGCGCAGCGAGAGUGAAGAGCCCGUGAGCGACACAGAAACAGAAACCGCACAGAAAUCUGCGGUGAACAACUGCACAUAAGAUGCGCAAGACGACGGUGCAGCAGUACUCCCAAAAGGUGUGAGUGUGAGCGUGUGUGUGUGCGUAUGUUUGUGUGUGUGCCUGUGUGCGUGUGUUUGGAGGUGGACUGGGCAGGCAGAGGUCGAGGUAUGGAGGGUAGGAGUGGAGGAGAGGAAAUGGAAGAGGAUGGACACAAUGAUGGCAACGCUUUUAUGGGUGUUGAUGACGAUGACGGUGGUGAUGCUGACAGUAACGAUGAUGAGGAUGGUGAUGGUGUUGCUGGUGACGAUGGUUUUUAUCAUUCAAAGUAUCUACCAUAAACUAUGGGGGGGGGGAGAGAAAGAGAAUGAGGAGAGGUGGGGGAAACGGCCGUAGGGUGAGAGAAACGGGGAGAAAAAGCAGAAAGAGGAUGAUGAAAGGGGGGGGAAAGAGAGUAGGAAGAGAGUGGGUGUGUUGAGUGAAAAAGAGAGAGUAAAGACCAAUGAGAAGAAGGGAGGAGAGAGAGAGAUAAGACAAUUGAUAGAGGAGGGAAGACUAUGAGCUAGUGAGGGAGGGGGUGAAUGAUGAUUGAUGGGAGAGGGAGGAGGAGAGAAUAGAGGGAAUGAUAGAUAAUUAAAAAUAAUUUUUUCCCUCCUUUAUUUAAUGUUUUUAGAUUAUGAUUUUUUCAUUUCUUUAAAAUAUUUAAAACUAUUUAAAGGUACAGUGUGAGAAUUGGAGGAAGUGUGAAGUGUGGUGUGGGAGUGAGGAAGAAAUUAUGGUGUGGUGGCCAUGGGAAGAGGUGUGCUGUGGCAGUUAGGACAAGUUGUGUGGAUAGCGAGGACAUGCUGUGUAGCAGUUAGGACAUAUAGAGCUGUGUGAUUCAAGGACAUGUACAGCAAUUAGGACAAAUUGUAUGUUAUAGAAACAGGGAGGACAUGUUGUGUAGCAAUUAGGACAAAGUUGUAUGAGUGUUGUGUGGCAGUUAGGACAUAUGGGAUGCAGAUAUGAGGACAUCUUGUGUAGUGCAUAAUGAAUUGUAGUUUUACAGUGUGCGCAUGGUGGCCUGGGGAUUUAGCUGUCUGUAACGAUCAGGGUCUUGAAUAUGCCAUUCUGCAUCAGUCUGCGGCGUAUUGUUGCACUGUAUACUGCACGUUGCAGCUAUAUUCUGUGUACAUGGAUGCACAAUCAAAUUACACUGCACUGCACAUGGUGCAGAGUAGCUGCAGCUGGGAAGGUACGUUGCUUGUAGCGAAUGUCGAUGUGGAUUGCAUUAUUGCAUUUCAUCUGCUGUCCCAGUUUGGUCUUGAGUGAUUCAGUGAUGUUCAUCAUGGUCCAGUUAACAUCUUCCUAAUAAUUAAUACCUUUGCAAUAUAUUACUGCAUUUCCUCUCUCCCUCCGUCUCCACCUCUUCUUCUCCGCCUCUGCCUCUCUCCUCCUCUCUCUCUCCCUCCCUCUCUCUCUCUCCCCUUUACUGCUCUUUCAUUGUUCCUCUCCUCCCCCCACCACUCUGUCAUUAUUUACAAUUUCAUUAUGUUGGUAUUUUUUUCCAUAUUUUUUUUGGUAAUUUUUAUUUUUAAUAUUUAAAAUAUAAAUUAAAAAAACCCCAUUGUUACCACCACCACCACCACCACUACCACUGCUACUACUAUUGCUGCUGCUGCUGCUACUACUAUUUAUGCCGUGGAUUGGUAGAGUUGGUAGAGCAACGGACAAAAAUGCUUUGCACUAUUUUAGUUACAGGCCUUUACAUUCUAAAUUCAAAUCCCGCCGAGGUCAACUUUGCCUUUCAUCCCUCCAGAGCCGAUAAAAUAAAGUACCAGUGAUGUACCGGGGUCUUUGUAAUCAACUAAUGCCCUUUCCCCAAAUUUCUGACCUCGCACCUAUUGUAGAAAACAUUAUUAUUAUAAAAUAAAGUACCAGGGUCGAGAGAAUUGACUGCUUCUUUCUCUUUCCCAAAUUUGUGGCCUUGUGCCAAAAGUUUGAAACCAUUAUCAUUAUUGUUAUUAUUAUUAUUAUUAUUGUUAUUAAGGCGACGAGCUGGCAGAAUUGUAAGCAUGCCAGGCGAAAUGCUUAGCAGUCGUUACGUUCUGAGUUCAAAUUCCACUGAGGUUGACUCUGCCUUUCAUCCUUUCGGGGUUGACAAAUUAAAUACCAGUAAAACACUGGGGUCGAUGUAAUUAACUUACCCCCUCCCCCUCAAAAUUUCAGGCCUUGUGCCUAUAGUAGAAUGGAUUAUUAUUAUUAUUAUUACUAUUAUUAUUAUUAUUCAGGUAGUGAGCUAGCAGAACAUGCUGGGUAAAUUGCUUAACAAUAUUUUUUUCCAUCUUUAUGUCCCGAGUUCAAAUUCUGCCAAGGUGUUGACUUAGCCUUUCAUCCCUCCAGGGUCAAUAAAAUAAGUACCAGUUGAACUCUGGGGUCAAUGCAAUCGACUUGCCCCUCCCCAGAAAUUUCAAGCCUUGUGCCUAUAGAAAAAAGGAUUAUUAUUAUUAUUAUUAUUAUUAUUAUUAUUAUUAUUAUUAUUGUUGUUGUUGUUGUUGUUGUUGUUGUUGUAUUUAAGGCAGUGAGCUGGCUGAGUUGUUAGCACGCUGAGCAAAAUGCUUGGAGGUAUUUCUUCUGGCUUUACGGUCUGAGUUCAAAUCCCGCCAAGGUCACCUUUACCUUUUCAUCCUUUUGAGAUUGAUAAAAUAAAUACCAGUCACAUAUUGGUGUCGACGUAAUUGACUUAAUUCUCCUUCCCCCUAAAUCCGCUGGCCUUGUGCCAACAUUUAAAGCCCUUUAUUAUUAUUAUUAUUAUUAUUAUUAUCAUUAUCAUUAUUAUUAUUAUUAUUAUCAUCAUCAUCAUCAUUGAAGGCAGCAUGCUGGCAGAAUUGUUAGCAAGCCAGACAAAAUGUUCAGUGACAUUUUGUCCGUCCUUUUGUUCCGAGUUCAAAUUCUGCUGAGGUCAUCUUUGCUUUUUAUCCUUACGGGCCCAGUGAAAUAAGUACCAGCUGAGCCCUGGGGUCUGCAUAAUCAAUUGCCCUGCCCCCAUUCCCCAUUGCUAGGAUUAUUAUUAUUUUUAUUGGGGGUGGUGGGCAGGUGGGGAUUAACAGAAUAAUUAGAAUAUUCAAAAAUGCCUUGUGGUAUUUGUUUCAGCCCUUUAUGCUCUGAGUUCAAAUCCUGCUGAGGUUAACUUUGCCUUUCAUCCUGGGGUACAUAUACCCAUUGAUUGGGCCCUGCCCCCUCAAAAUUGCUGGCCUUGUACCAGAAUGCUUAGCAGCAUUUCAUCUGAGUUCAAAUGCCACCGAGAUCGACUUUGCCUUUCAUCCUUUUGGUGGGGGUCAAUGAAAUGAAUACCAGUUAAACACUGGGGUUGAUGUAAUCAACUCAUCCCCACCCCCCUCCGAAAUUGCUGGCCUUGUGCCAAAAUUUGAAACCGUCAUCAUCAUUGUUAUUAUUAUUAUUAUAUGAAGGCGGAGCAUGCUGGACGAAAUGCUUACUGGUAUUUCAUCCGUCUUCAUGUUCUGAGUUCAAAUUCUGCCUUUCAUCCUUUCAGGGUCGAUAAAAUAAAUACCAGUUGAACAUUGGAGUCGAUGUAAUCGACUCAUCCCCACCUCCCCCAAGCUGCCCUUGUGGCAAAAAUCUGAAAUAAUAGUUAUUAUUAUUGUUAUAUGAAGGCAGCGUGCUGGCAGAAUUGUUAGCACACUGGGUGGAAUGCUUAACAGUAUCUUGUCUGCUGCAACAUUCUGAGUUCAAAUUCCACCAAGGUCAAUUUUGCCUUUUUGGGGGAGGGGGGUGAUAUAUUAAGUACCAGUUGACUACUGGGGUCGAUGCUAUCAACUAUCUCCCUCUCCCAAAUUUUAGGCCUUGUACCUGUAGUAGAAAGGAUUAUUAUUAUUAUUAUUAUAAUUAUUAUUAUUAUUAUUAAGGUGGUGAGCUGGCAGAAUUCUUAGCAUGUCGGAAAAAAAAAUGCUCAGCCUCAUUUUGUCUUUUUACAUCAUUCUAAGUUCAAAUUCCGCUGAGGUCGACUUUGGCUUUCAUCCUUCUGGGAUCGAUAAAAUAGGUCCCUGUGAAGUACUAGGACUGAUGUAAAUGACUUGUCCCUCCCCUCAAAGCUGCUGGCUCUGUCCUAAAAUUUGAAACUAUUAUUAUUAUUAUUAUUAUUAUUAUUAUUAUUAUUAUUUUUAUUAUGGCAGCCAACUGGUAGAAUCGUUAGCAUCCCACACGAAAUGCUUUGUGGCAUUUGGUCCACUGAAAUUCUGUCAGGGUUGACUUUGCCCCCAAAUUUCAGGCCUUGUGCCUAUAGUAGAAAGGAUUAUUAUUAUUAUUAUUAUUAUUAUUAUUAUUAUUAUUAUUAUGGCAGAAUCAUUUAAGCAGCAGAAAUAAAAAAAAUGUAAAAGAAGUAAAAAAAAAAAACCCAUGCAGUUUUUAGUUAUUUUUUUUUUUUAGAUUCUGGGUUUCAAAUCUCAGCAGAGGUCAACAUCAUCAUCCUUUCUGGGGUUACUAAAAUGAAAUGCCACCAGUCAAGAACUGGACUUGAUAAAAUUGACUACAUUCACUUCUACCCCUCUCGCCCCCUUGUGGCAGGGGGUGAGGGGUGUCCUAUGUUUGAAUUCAUCAUCAUCAUUAUCAUAUCAUCAUCAUCAUCAUCAUCUUCAACAUCAUCAUUAUUAUUAAUAUUAAUUAUAAUUCUUAUUGAUGUGGUGAUUGUUGUGGUCACGUUGAUGUGUUGAGUAAGAACCAAGUGUGUUUAAACUGCUUUUUCAAUCUGGGAUUGAACCUGCUUCAUAUAUUUUGAUAUGUCUUUGUAUAAUGAUCUUGAAAAAAAGCAAAAAGAAAAAAAGGCAUGAACAUCACAAAUUUCUAUUUCUACCCUCCUCUCCCCCGCCACCCCUUUACAAAAAAACAAAACAAUACAAAAACAGUAUCUACAGACCUCUUGCCUCUUGUUAUUACUAAUAUUGUCUUCAUUAUUACUAUUAUUAUUAUUAUUAAUAAUAAUAUUAUUAAAAUAAAAUAAGUAAAGACUGACAAAUAAUGAAUAAAUAAAUGAACAUGUAUUAUUAUUAUUA